AGGCCAUAUGCCAACAGUUGCUGUGCAGUGUGAGACUAUGUUCACUGGGGGGUUCAUUCUACUGAGUCUCGUCGUGGGGGCCUGCGGAUCUGCCAAGAAGGGGGUGGGAAUCCCGUCCCAGGGUUUCCGAUGUGAGGACCUUCUAGCUUUUCCUAAUGUCCACUGGUGGUACGACUGGUUCGAGCAGCCCACUUACCAACACAACUGCAAACAAAACAAGGCAGGACGGGUUCCAAUGAUUUGGGGAUGGAGACAAAAUGUCGACUUCCCACUCCAUAUACCAAGCAACGCUCACUAUAUUCUGGGAUUCAACGAGCCAAACUUCAGUAUCCAAGCCAAUCUGUCCCCUCAACUGGCAGCUGACCACUGGCGGCUCAUAGAAAGGGCGGGUCAAGGGAAACUACUGGUUAGCCCUGCUGCCGCCCCAUGCUCGGGAAACCCCAUCUGUAACUAUGACGGUAUCCAGUGGUUUGAAGAGUUCUUCCGCCAUUGUGCCGGAUGUAAGGUGGACUACAUAGCCACGCAUGCGUACUGGUGCAGCGCAGACACCACGAUGAACUACCUUCAAACCCUGUAUAACAAGUUCCACAAGAAGAUUUGGUUGACCGAAUUUGCCUGUCCAUCCCACAACUCCGUGCAGGAUCAGCUGAAUUACAUGAAGGCCAUCUUACCUCGUUUAGAAGCGGCGUCAUAUGUCUCGAGGUACGCCUGGUUUGCCAGCAGGUGGGCGGGUGACAGCUUUGUGACCCAGGCCAGUAGUCUCCUGGACCAGUCGACGUCAACACUCACCUCCCUCGGGAAAUACUACAACAACUUCUGACAACAAUUUGCUCAACAGUAGCUUAACAUGUAGACACAUUGCCAUUCCCGUUUGGAAUAAAGAAUACUUUCAGUUU